ACCUCGUAUUAAUUUGCCAACAACGUGUGCUCCACAUUUUCUCUGUUUCUUGUGUCAACUGCGAACUACGAACGAACUGGGACGAACUGCGAACUGCGAACUGCGAACUGCGAACUGGGAUUGAAAAUUCCAGCUCGUGAUUGCUGCUACCAUUCCUCCAUACUUUCUUUACGGAUUUAAUAUCUGAACCCUUGUUGCAAACUAUCCCUAUUUUCUUGAAGCAAAUCGUUUUUUUUGGGCGUGAUAUCCAAGGGAAAUAUGUCUGGUCGAUUACUAAGAAAAGUUUUGAAAGAACAAGAGCAAAAUAAUAAACAAGAGGGCAUUAGAUCCACAGAAGAGCUGCAGGAGAGCAUUGAGGAUGACGAGUUUGAGUCUGAUGCUCGACCUAUAAACCCUUUUGAUCUCCUGAAUGAUGAUGAAGUUGACCUUGAAGAUCAGGAUGAUGAUUCUAGUACCAUAGAUAAUGCUUUGACAGAAAAGAAUGACAAUUUAGAAUUUGGGACAAGUCAUGCUCAGAUAGCCCUUGUGUCUAGUAAGAAAGCAAAGAAAAAGAAAAAGAAGAAAAACAAAGAGUUCUCACUCUCAAAUGCUGAUAAAUCUAUAAUGUCCGAGGAGAUUGAUAUCGAAGCAUUAUCUUUUGAUAUCAAUUCUGCUUGUGAAGUGGGCUCUAGUAAGGAUGUCAAAGUAUGUAAUACUGUUACUAAGCAGUCUAAAUCCUCUAUUCUGAAGGUAGAUCCUAAGUUUUUAAAUGCUGAAUACGAGCUACGCAGAAUAUUUGGUUCUAAGGUAGUGAGCUCAUUUGAAACUGCUAACCAAGCGGGGACUUCUAGAAAAGUACGUGGUGGAAGACGUGGAGGGUAUAGUCAUAGAAAGUGUAUUCUUGUUUCCCCAUCUGAUCACUGGCCACGUUGGGAUGGUUCACUGUCAAUGGAGCUUGUAGAGAGUAAAAAUGGGAUUAAUUACUUCAGAUUUGUGCACUCAACUUCAUACGGCCUAGCUCAAAGAGCUUUUGAAGCUUCCAAGGCAAUCCAUGAUCUGAAUGGGGUGGCUAGUGUCUUGAUGAACUAUCCGUUUCAUGUAGAAUCCCUUAUAACAUUGGCAAAUUACUUUAAAUUCUCAGGUGAACAUCAAAUGGCUGCAGAUUCUAUUGCUAAAUGUUUAUAUGCCUUCGAGUGUGCAUCACACCCUUUGUUCAGCCCAUUGCAAGGAGAUUGCCGACUUGAAUAUUCCCAUGAAACCAACAAGCCAUUAUUCUGUACACUCUUUAGUCACAUGAAGGACUUGGAUAGGCGUGGAUGUCAUCGUUCAGCUUUAGAAGUCUGCAAAUUGUUACUUUCACUUGAUCCUGCUGAUCCCAUGGGUGCAAUAUUCUGUAUUGAUUACUUCUCCCUAAGGGCAGAACAGUACAUGUGGUUAGAACAGUUUUGUGAUGAAUAUCAAAGUGAUACUUCUCUAUGGAACUUUCCAAACUUUGCGUACUCUCUUGCUAUUUGCCGAUUUUAUCUUGAGCGUGAAUCAAUUUCCAAGGACGCUAAGGCUGAGCUUGACAAAGAGACUUCAUCUGGUCUGAUGAAGCAGGCUUUGAUGCUUCACCCUCCAGUUCUUAAGAGGCUAGUGGAGAAGGUUCCCUUGAAGGACCAGGCAUGGUCAACCAUAACUAAAAAUUCGUUCUUCAAGUCUGAAGACAUUGGAAUACCUUCUUUGGAUCACUUGAUCAGGAUAUAUGUGGCCAGGAGUUACAUCAUCUGGAGGUUGCCUGAUGUUCAAAAAUUGUUGAAGGAUUCUGCUCUAGAAGUAAUUGAAACUCUGAAGCAUGAUGCAAGUGAAGCGAAUACAUGGGUUUGUGUCAGAAAAGAAUCUUUUCCUUCAGAAAAGAACGAGUAUGUCCAUUUGAUGGUUUCGGAUUUCUCUGAUGCAGUAGCAACCAUGCCUCCUGAGAAUCUUCAAAAUUUUAUGAUGCUAGAUCCAAGGGUUAGAGAAAUAGUGGAUAAUCAUAACCAGGGUGCCAAUGCCCAGGUUCGUGUCACUCGUGACCUAGCUAAUCGUAGUCCAUUAGUUGUGUUGCUUGAAUCAAUUCUUCCUUGGGUAGAUUAUGGAGCUGAUGGAUCUGGCACUGACCAGCAAAAUAGACACCAUCCAGAUAACGAACAUCCUUAAGGUGAUUUUGAGACUGAAAGGCUUACCAUUAUACUUGUACACAUCCAUGUGUUUUGAUCUUUUUAUUAACAUUCAUAUGACACCGGGGUAAUAGAAUGUUAUAUCUGGUGGGUAGAAAGGGCUCUUCCUCAUCCUUCACAAAUACAUGAAAUUUGUUUCGGAUGUUUCCUGUUUAAGAGUCUUAACUCUUGAUACCUUUGAACUAGCUGGCGUUUAUCCAAUAAGUAAAGCUUCUUCCCUUUUGAUGAAUAUUUAUUGUUUUUACGAAUGGACUAUCACUUAUUAUCAUCCUAUAUACUCUUAGCAUUUUCAGGUAAACAUUGUUGGCUUCAUUAUUAAGACACAGGUUCACUAAUGUUCUCAAUUGUUGGGUUGCUGCUA